CUGUCUCGCCGAGCCUCUCCCCUUGCUUCCCUGCCCACCCGCGCCGCCGCCGCCGCCGCCCCACUAGGGUUUAGGGUUCUCACCACCGCCAGCAGCCGCCGCGGCCGCCCGCGAUGGAGGCGCUCCGGGAGGCGGAGGCGGAGCUCACGGUGUACGUGCACCCCUCCAACGCCGCCGACGUCCCCCGCGCCGUCGCCCGCCAGCUAAGCGCGCUCCUCUUCUCGUACGAAGAGCGCUUUGAUGGUGUGCUGCUGGCUCAUGAAACUACAUUAGUCGAUGAGGAUAUCAAGGAUGAUGGAAGUGAAGUCAAGGGUAAGAAGAAAAUCAGAGCCAAAAUCCUGAAUGGCUUGGUACCGUACUUUGGCGUCCGUGUGCAUGCGAACCUGCUGAUCUUCUCUCCCCAGCCGGACAUGAUCCUGGAAGGGAAGGUUGAAAUGCUCAGUAAGGAGUCGAUUCAUGCCAUUAUAUUGGGAGUUUUCUCAGUGGCCAUUAUGUCUGAUGAUAUUCGUGAAAAGUUCAAAUUCAAAAGGAAAAGUGAUGGGGGGAGAUUUGUGAGCCGCUCGGAUAGACAGCAUGUGAUUAAAAGAGGAACAAUGAUAAGGUUUCUUGUCAAAGGGGUGGAUACAGAAAUGAAUUGUCAUAUUACUGGAUCUUUAAUCCCACCUCACACUGGAUCGAUGCGUUGGUUGUCAGUACACGAUGCUGAAUAUGCAGCAGAAAUCAACAGUGGUAACAGAAGAUCAAGGAAUGUCAGCAUCAAAAUUGAGCAGAAUGAACAAGAACACAGAAUACUCAAGAAUGAAGAUAGCAUGGUGAAAUCUGAACGGGCACACAAGUCCCGAAAGAGGAGCAUUGAGAACCGAUAAUUCAUGGAGGUUGUGAAGAAUUUUGUUUGAAUGCAAGAAUGUUGGCUGGAUAGUUUUGUGCAAAGCAGACAAUGAAGGCCAAGUGGGCUUGUAUGUGGAAGUAAUGUUUUGCUUCAAUGGUUCUUGCUGUCUUUUGAUGCUUACUGGGGAGAAGGUGCAUCUCAGUUCAAGAAAUGGUGCUUCAGCCUGUUCAGAACCUGGCAACCUGCUUCCCCUGUGGCUUAGAGAAGUGUACGGUGAUGUAAAACAAAUGAGGAUUGCAUUUGUAAUGAUCACUUUGUCUACGAAAUGGUCACUGAUCUCAUCCAAUGAACCAAUGUUUAAUGGCAAA